ACAAUAAUGUUGAAGUGGCCUACCGCAAAAUGAGCUGAUCGAGAAAUGAAAGAUUAGUUUCACGACUGACGGCGACAGUGGGAUACGUUGGGAAACAAAAUAAAAUAAAAUGUUGAAGUGAUAUGCAUGUGCAUAUUGGGGUUAGUAUGUACAUAAUCUUGAUGAUGGGCUAUGUGCAUCCACCCCAUUUAUAGCUGGCUAUUAUUGAGGGAAUUUUCUUCCUAUAUAAUCUAAAUUCUUCCUUGUUAAAUCAUUACACUCUUCUUACAGAGAGAAAAGUAAAGCCACUUCAAAGGGUCUAAAGAAAAAAAAAAUGGAAACUUUUUCUCAUCUUUCAUUAACAACAACAACAAGAUCCAGAUCUUAUGAAAGUUUCUUCCAUGAUGAUGAUGGUGGUGUUGAGCCAAUACCAGAAGCAGCAGCAGUAAUAGAACAAGAAGAGGAAGAAGAACAAAUGGAAGAGAAUGAGAACAACAACACAAACACACCACAAAAUGGUUGGUUCAAGAAUGUUGAGGAGCCAUGGUUUAACAGUAGAGGAGGAUCACUGAAGAAGAAAAACCAAGUGUUUCUUGAAGGGUAUGUAGAGAAUUCAGAUGAGGAUGAAUUAGGGAGGACAAAGAGCUUGACUGAUGAUGAUUUGGAGGAGCUUAAGGGCUGUUUGGAUCUUGGUUUUGGGUUCAGUUAUGAUGAAAUUCCUGAGCUUUGUAACACUUUGCCUGCUCUUGAACUUUGCUAUUCCAUGAGUCAGAAGUAUCUUGAUGAACAGCAAAAGUGUUCUGAUGCUAUGUCUGAUACUGGUUCUUCAGGAUCUGGUCAUGUUGCUAAUUGGAAGAUCUCUAGUCCUGGUGAUGAUCCUGAAGAUGUCAAAGCAAGGCUGAAAUACUGGGCUCAAGCUGUCGCGUGCACGGUGAAGUUGUGUAAUUAAUUAAAAAGUGAAGAUGAUGAUGAUGUAGCCAAGAAAAAAGCUUAUUUUAAAAAAAAAAAAAAAAAACAGAAAGAUCAGAGGCAAAUGUGAAAUCAAUCUUUUUCUUGAUAUGGAAGAACACUUGUGUUCUGCCUGAUGAUCCUGGAAAGGGCCGGCCAUCAUGGCCACAGGAUCAAGAAGUUCCAUAAAGCUUUACCUGAAGACAGAUGCAAAAAAGUUAUCUUGUCCAUGAUGGGUAGGCAACUUUAUUCUCAAGUAGAAGAAGAAUAUACAUGAAGAGGAGGGAGAUGUUUCAGGUCUUAAGAUUAAGAUAAGCAAACACAUUGGAAUAAAUCUGACUCCCAUAAACUGAUAACACUAUGUGUAGCAUAAGUUGCAUCAGUUAGGUGGAAGAUUGAAGCCGGAACUGUUGCAUAGAAUAAUUUCAUUCUUCUUCAUGUAUUAAUUUUGUUUAUGUGUUACUGAUCAAACAUUGUUCUUGGUUAAAUUACAUAUCAAGUUUCUUCCCUGCUA